AUGAAAAAAAUUGAAAUACAAGUAAAUUCAUUUCCAUCAUAUUAUUCCUGGUUACGUACAACUUAUGAAAAUAUCACUUGGACAUGGUAUAGACAAGGUGAAUUGGCUGAAGCAUUAGAGUAUAUGAAGAAAGCAUACGAAAUGAACUUCAAAAAACUUACACAUGAUCAUGAACGUCUCAAACAAUGCCAACAAUGGAUUGUUCGUUUGGAAGAAAAACUAAGUCAGGUUGAAGAAAAAACACAUUAA